AUGAACCCCCAGUGCGCCCGCUGCGGAAAAGUCGUGUAUCCCACGGAGAAAGUCAACUGCCUGGAUAAGUAUUGGCAUAAAGGAUGUUUCCAUUGUGAGGUCUGCAAGAUGGCUCUGAACAUGAACAAUUACAAAGGCUAUGAAAAGAAGCCCUAUUGUAAUGCACACUACCCAAAGCAGUCCUUCACUACAGUGGCAGAUACACCGGAAAACCUUCGCCUGAAGCAGCAAAGUGAAUUGCAGAGUCAGGUCAAGUACAAAAGAGAUUUUGAAGAAAGCAAAGGGAGGGGCUUCAGCAUUGUUACAGACACUCCUGAACUACAGAGGCUGAAGAGGACUCAGGAACAAAUCAGUAACGUAAAGUAUCAUGAAGAUUUUGAAAAGACGAAGGGGAGGGGCUUCACACCUGUUGUGGAUGACCCUGUGACUGAGCGAGUCCGGAAGAACACCCAGGUUGUCAGCGAUGCUGCCUACAAGGGCGUCCACCCUCACAUCGUGGAGAUGGAUAGGAGACCUGGCAUCAUCGUUGACCUCAAAGUUUGGCGCACAGAUCCUGGCUCCGUCUUUGACCUUGAUCCCCUCGAAGAUAAUAUUCAGUCUAGAAGUCUACAUAUGCUCUCUGCCCCUGUUCUCCCUGGAGCCUACCAACAAAGCCAUUCUCAAGGCUAUGGGUACAUGCACCAGACCAGUGUGUCGUCCAUGAGGUCAAUGCAGCAUUCACCAAAUCUAAGGACAUACCGAGCCAUGUACGAUUACAGUGCCCAGGAUGAAGAUGAGGUCUCCUUCAGGGACGGUGACUACAUUGUCAACGUGCAGCCCAUCGACGAUGGCUGGAUGUACGGCACCGUGCAGAGAACUGGGAAAACGGGGAUGCUGCCAGCCAAUUACAUUGAGUUUGUUAAUUAAUUAUUUCUCCUUGCCAUUUGAGCUUUAUUCUAAUGUAUUCUAAACCUAAUCUUUUUAAAAGAUAGAAGAUACUUUUAAGACAAUUUGGUAGUUAUUUUACAAUGAUCUGUCCUUACUUUUGACAAUUAGACACACAGGUACCAGGAAGAAGGAAUGAGUUCUGGGCUGAAAAACGGCAGCACUUUCAGUAAUUCCUGCAAACACAAUAAUUACAUCUGGAGACCUGGUGCUGCUAAUUGUAUUAAUGGUUUCCUUUGAUUGGCUAUUGAACCCUCCUGGGAAAUGUAUUUAUGUAGACUUUAAUAGAGAUGUUGAUUGUCCCUUUAAAUGUAACAAGUAGAUGAAAUGUCUUAGCUGUCACUUUGGAAUCACCAGAAGCCAACUCCCUUAAUCCAGUAAUGCAGCCGAUACUUAAAAAAACUGUUUAGCUUUUUAGUUGUUAGGCAAUUUCCUAAUAUAAAAGGAAGUUGCUUAAUAUAAUAAAUGUAAGCAGAGGCAGAAUGACAGUCUGGUUAAAAUUAUAUUGACCAGUGGCAUUAGGGACCUAGAAACUUCUACUCAGAGAAAUUUCCUUGUUCCCUAGCCCCACGUGGGUCUAUUUAUUUCUCACUUGUACCAAGUCAUUAUCCUACUCCAUUUACAUUCUAUGAACCCAAGUAUAUACUUGAGUCCACAGAAUGUCAGGACCAAAUAACUUCACAGCUACUCUGCAAAGGGCAGAUUUUAAUAUCAUCUAUAUAAUUUCCCGAAUAGCCUUUACCCUGUUGCAUGUCAUGUAGGUUCAAGCUUCUGUAACAUAGGCAGCUGCACUGCCCAUUCCUGUUAUGAAAGCAGAAAAAAAAAAAAAAUACAGCUGAUAUCUAAAAGGCUUUUCCUCUAGUAGCCAGCUCAUCAGAAACAAAACAAAACCUAUUUUGAAAAAUCGCUUGAGAGUCUUCUGCUGCAUUGCACUCUAGUUUGGAAGGAUUUACACCUUAGGAAAUAGAUGUAUACUCUAUAAAUAAGUGAUUUAGGUGUUUACUAGACAGCUUUCAUUAACACUGUUGUUUAUUUGA